AUAUAUAUAUAUAUAUAUAUCCAACCUUAGGACGUCUCUUUCAUAAAACCUUAGGCAUGGCUGAGCCAUCUCAAGAUAAGGGGCAAAGUGAACCUUUGCUAGAAUCUGAGAAAAUUAGUUCUGAACUUGAAGAAAUCCUAUCAGACACAAGCUUGUCACAUAUUCAACGGUUUGGACGGGCCUCUGUUAUAGAGUUGAGAAAUCUCUUCAGUCUAGCAGCUCCAGCUAUCAUUGUUUACUUGCUUAACAAUGUUACUUCUAUGUCUACACAGAUUUUCUGUGGUCAUCUUGGUAAUCUUGAACUUGCUGCUGCUUCCCUUGGUAAUAGUGGCAUUCAACUUUUGGCCUACGGUGUCAUGCUAGGAAUGGGAAGUGCAGUGGAGACAUUAUGUGGGCAAGCAUAUGGAGCACACAAUUAUGAAAUGCUUGGAAUAUAUCUCCAAAGAUCAACUAUCCUUCUUAUGUUGACAGGAUUACCCCUUAUGGCAGCUUAUUUAUUUUCUAAGCCAAUCUUGAUUUUAUUAGGACAAUCCAAGAAAGUUGCAUCUGCAGCAGCACUAUUUGUCUAUGGUUUAAUUCCCCAAAUAUUUGCUUAUGCUGCCAAUUUCCCAAUCCAAAAGUUCUUGCAGGCUCAAAGCAUUGUUAAUCCUAGUGCAUAUAUAGCAGCCGCGACAUUAGUUUUUCACCUUUUCUUAACAUGGCUUGUGCUUUAUGUAUUUAAUUGGGGAUUGUUUGGUGGAGCUUUGGUUUUGAGUAUUUCAUGGUGGAUUGUUGUGAUUGCACAAUUUGUGUAUAUUUUGUGGAGUGAUCGAUGUAAGAAAACAUGGACUGGAUUCAGCAUGCAAGCAUUUUUUGGAUUGUGGGAUUUCUUCAAAUUGUCUCUUGCUUCAGCUGUGAUGUUGUCUUUGGAGACUUGGUAUUUUCAGAUUUUAAUUUUAAUUGCCGGUUUGCUUCCAAAUCCAGAAGUCGCAUUGGACUCUCUAGCUGUUUGUACGACAAUUUUAGGGUGGGUGUUCAUGAUAUCUGUUGGCUUCAAUGCAGCAGCAAGUGUGAGAGUGAGCAAUGAGCUGGGAGCUGGACAUCCAAAAUCAGCAGCAUUUUCGGUUGUUGUGGUGACAUUAAGUAGUUUUGUCAUUUCUGUAUUCUUUGCCAUUUUGGUGUUAUUAUUCAGACAUGUGAUGAGCUAUGCCUUCACGGGUGGAGAAGUCAUUGCUGAAGCAUCCUCAGAUCUUGCUCCACUCUUGGCUGUAUCUCUUGUACUCAAUGGUAUUCAACCCGUUUUAUCUGGGGUUGCUGUUGGGUGUGGAUGGCAAGCGUUUGUGGCUUACGUUAACGUAGGAUGUUACUACGUUGUUGGCAUUCCAUUGGGUGUUAUUCUCGGAUUUAAUUUCAAGCUUGAAGCUAAGGGAAUAUGGUUGGGAAUGUUAGGAGGAACAGCUAUGCAGACUAUCAUCUUAUUGUGGGUGACCUUUCGAACCGAUUGGGAGAAAGAGGUGGAGAAAUCAAAGAGUCGAUUAAAUAUGUGGCAACACCACAGUAAAAAGCCACUGUUAAAUGAAUGAGAAGCAACUGUCGAAGUAAAGCCCUUGACUAAUUGUCUAAUUCAAUAGGACCAAUGUAAAAUUCCAUUUUUUGCAGAGCUUGGAGGCCUAUGCGUUUCAACAAAAACUAAACGUUAUUUGAAUGGUAACCUAUGUAGGGUCGUCCAUGGUCCGCCCACCCUCCCCCUUGUAACCACUCUAUCAACAGGGCUUAUAAAAGUGCCAGAUCAUUCGAUUAUAUGAUCUAAAUUCAUGAAUCGGUUGAUCUAUGAUUCUACUACUUGUACUAGUAUGUGCCGAUUUCUGAAUAAGAACACAAUAUAGUCAAGCUUCUCUA